AUGAAGGAGGAGGCUGCAAGGAAGAGGAAGAUGCCUUUGGCCUCCCAGGCAGGCCCCGAGCUGAGGACGGAGAGCCCGGAGGACAAAUCCCCCCGGCAGACCCUGGUGGGAGAGGCCGUUUUGAAGGGCUCCACGGUGCAGGAAGGCAGCGGGGAGGAAAAGGGCCGGAGAUCCCUGCGGAGGAGGGGCUCCAAAGCCAGCCCAGGGUGCUCUGAGGAGGAAAGACCCAGCCUGUGCUGGGAAGGCAGCCAGAGCUUGAGCCAUACCUCUGACUUGGUGGUCCCUGAGCAGCCUCCCAGCAGGGAGAAGCCCUUCAGGUGCUUGGAAUGUGGGAAGAGCUUCAGGAAAAGCACCACCCUCCUCACCCACCAACACAUCCACACUGGGGAACGGCCCUACACGUGUGGGGAAUGUGGGAAGAGCUUCAGGCACAGCUCCACCCUGAUCGAACACCUGCACAUCCACACUGGGGAACAGCCCUAUACGUGUGGGGAAUGUGGAAAGAACUUCAACUGCAGCUCCAACCUGAUUCGACAUAAGCGCAUCCACACUGGGGAACAUCCCUACACGUGUUGGGAAUGUGGGAAGAGCUUCAACUGCAGCUCCAACCUCCUCACCCACCAGCACGUCCACACUGGGGAACGGCCCUACAAGUGCUUGGAAUGUGGGAAGAGGUUUCAGACCAGCUCAGAUCUCCUGAAACACCAGCGGACUCACACGGAUGAGAGGCCCUUCCGCUGCUCCGACUGCGGGAAGGGCUUCAAGCAGAACUCCCACCUCGUCAUCCACCGGCGCAUCCACACCGGGGAGAGGCCCUACAAGUGUGGGGAGUGUGGGAAGAGUUUCAACCACAGCUCUAACUUAACCCCACACCAACGGACCCAUCGGUAAGGGAAAGCCCUACGCGUGCCCCGACUGCAGGAAGAGCUUCGGCCUCUGCUUCCACCCCAAA